UGGAUGAGGUGGGAGAAAAUUUUAAUGAGAUCAUCGAAGGGGACUAUAUUUUCGGUCGUAACCAGAAGAAGGCCGAUGUGUUGCGCACCCUAACCAAAGCGGAUGUGAUUCGCUUCCUUAACGACACGAAACCCACCAAUUUGCGCAAACUGUCAGUUCAGGUUAUUGGGCAUAAACCGACAAAUGCAGAAGACCAAGAUGAAGACGAAUUCGAAGAGGAAGACGAAUUCGAAGAGGAUGACCAAUACGAAGAGGAGGAAGAUACCAUUACCUAUUUCAGAAACGGCCUUGAGACUUACCCAAAGAGCACGGUGGAACCAAGUACCCUCGGAAACUAGCCUUAGCCCUGCCCUGAGCAAUCUAAUUAAUAUAGAGUUGCAUACAAUCCAGACCAAGUCAGAUCCGUCUGCUGAUGAAUUUCAGUUUUAUCGAAUAUUGUUAUUAAGAAAAAUAUUUUAUCACAUUUAUCAUCUUCUAAAUCGUCUGACCAAGUCAGGACAAGGAAACCAUUCAUUCUAAGUUUAAUUGAAUUAUC